AUGCAAACUCGAAUGUGCCCCGAUGACGUGGCCUGGGAGCAAGCCGAAGAAACAUCUGACAGUUGGCUAGUUCAAUUUCUUGAAGUUGACAUGUUGCGGCCGAUUGCAGACUUUAUCCUUAUCCACAAUAGAGGCGAAGUCACCGAAUUUGCCAUACUCAGGAAAGGUUCCUAUAAUAUCUUGUUACGGCUGAAGUACCGAAAUGGUGCGACGGUUAUACGGUUGUCGCAGCCCGGUGCCGUUUUUUUCCCUGAGGAAAAAGUCGUCAAUGAGGUUGCUGUGAUGCGAUAUCUUGCAGAUCAAACGUCGAUACCCGUCCCUUUCGUUAUCCACUCAGGUACCAAGAAGGAGAGCCCCCUUCAACUGAGCCCAUUUAUCAUAAUGGAAUAUAUCGAACACGAAACGAAAAUGUACGACGCCCUCAACACACCGGGAUGUCCGAUAGAGGAACGUGGAAUUCUGGACCCGAACAUCGCUGAAGAUAGGCUUGAGAUGCUCUAUGGGCAACUAGCGGAUAUUCUUCUUCAGCUUUCCAUGCCCUCUUUGCCUCACAUAGGCUCUCUGAACCAGAUCGAUGACUUCACUUGGAAAGUAGCGAGGCGGCCUUUGUCAAUGAACAUGAAUGAACUGGUACGGCUGGGAGGUUUGCCCCGGUCGAAGCUCCCCGAUCUACAUACUACAUUCAAUACAGCCUCCUCAUAUCUCGAAGCCCUUGCGCAUCUCAACAUUGAGCAUCUAAUACAUCAAAGGAACGAUGCGGUGGAGUCUGCAGAUGACUGUCGGCGGAAAUUUGUGGCGCGGAAGCUUUUCUGUAAGCUCGCAAAGGACAAGCGGCUCACAAAUCCAUCACUCGAGAAAGGACCUUUCAAAAUCUGGUGUGAUGAUCUACGCCCGGCCAAUGUACUACUCCAUGAGAAUAUGCAAAUUGUCGGUGUGGUGGAUUGGGAGUUCACCUACGCGGCACCUGUUGAAUUUUCUUAUGCGCCGCCUUGGUGGCUGCUUAUUGAGAAACCCGAGUACUGGUCAAAGGGCAUUGAGGACUGGACAAGAGUGUUUGAUUACCGUCUCAAGACGUUCCUCAAGGUGAUGAAGGACUGUGAAGACAUAGCGAUCCAACAGGGUCGUUUGAAAGAGGACCAGCGGCUCUCCGGUCCUAUGGGCCAAAGUUGGGAGAGUGGGGAUUUCUGGGUAACGUACGCAGUGUUGCACAGCUUCGCCUUUCAUACAAUCUACUGGCAGAAGAUUGACUCACGCUUUUUCGGGCCUACGGAGAACCCCGAGGAAGCAUGGGAAGAGAGAGUCAGCCUGCUGGAUGAAAAGGAAAAGUAUGAGAUGGAACAACUGGUGGCACGAAAGCUGAAAGAGAUGAAAACCAGGGCUCUAGCAUGGGACCCCGAUGAGUAUACUCUGGCUUUUCGCCAGCAAUUAACGAGACAGAGAGAAGAGGCAGAUGAAUAA